CGUGACGCAUGCGCGGAGGGUAUUGUUGGGGGCCGCGAGGGAAACGGCGGGUUGAGGCCGCGCGCCGGGUGCCAGCGCGCCCCCCCUCCCCCCGCGCUGAGGAGCCGCCGGGCCGCGAUGGCGCAGAAGAGGCGCACCAAGGGGCCCGGCCCCUCCCAGGGGGAAGACUUGGCCGCGGACGAGGACUUCGCGCCGACCCCGAGCGCCAGCCAGGUGCAGCGGAGCCUGGAGCGACUCUCGCCGGCCCAGGUGGAUCAGAAGGUGAGCGAAUUGGUGCAGUACCUGCUGGUCAAGGAUCAGAAGAAAAUCCCCAUCAAACGGGCAGAUAUCCUGAAAAAUGUCAUCAAAGACUACAGAAGCGUCUAUUCUGAGAUCAUUAAGCGAGCCGGCAGGACCCUCCAGCAGGUUUUUGGGCUGCAGCUGGUGGAGAUAGACCCCAAGCAUCACAUCUACAUCCUGGUCAGCAACCUGCCGCGCCUGGAAGUGGAGAACCUGAAACAGGAUGAUUGCACAGCAAAGCUGGGCCUCCUCACCGUCAUCCUCAGCUUCCUCUUCAUGAAGGGCAAUGCUGCUAAAGAAUCUGCUGUGUGGGAGAUGUUGAGGAGACUGCGAGUUGACCCUGGAGUGAGACACGAGGUCUUUGGGGAUGUCAAGAAGUUGGUGACUGAGGAAUUUGUCCGCCAAAAGUACCUGGAAUACAACCGCAUACCCCACACAGAUCCCCCCGAGUUUGAGUUCCAGUGGGGGGCCCGGGCUGCCAAGGAGACCUCCAAGAUGCAGAUCCUGCGCUUCGUCGCCAAGAUCCAAAACAAGGACCCCAGGGCCUGGAGCACCCAGUACACUGAGGCGGCAGCUGAGGAGGCAGCCGGGGGGGACCUGUUCCAAGACAUUAGCACCCCUGGAGACACUGGUGGGGCCAGCCAGGGGGCACGGAGGAGGACCCGGUGAGCCUUAUCCACUUCACCUCCAGGUGGUCUGCUCCAUGAUGCCUUGUGGACCAGCAGACCUGCAACGUAGGGAAGUCCUGAUCUCAGGCAUGGGGUAUCUGAGGGGCCCUUGAUCUCAGGUGGCGUGUCAGGUGCACCCCUAGUUUAUAAUCUAGGGCCUCCAGGGAUGAUGAUGGGGGUAGCACAAGUGCCAUGCAAGGGUUUGUGGCAGUGCAGUGGGAGGGAGUGCAGUGAGAGUGUUUAGCUGCUGGCAGGAAGGAGCAUAGCCUGGAUUGAGGGGGGCAAAACUGCUGUACCUGGACCCCAAGCUGUGAGGAACGUGCCAGGCCAAGAUCUAAGUGGGGCCAUUUGGUGGACUCCUGGAUAGCCGGGGGUAGGUCCGGUAGCAAGAUCGUUUGAAAGACACAGAACCAUCAUUGAACUGGGAGGAUUGGUCUGAACUGGAUGGACUGCUGGAAGUUUGGGGGUGAGAGAGGUGUCUUUCAACUCCUAUUUAGCUUGGUAACACUUCGGUAACCAGUUCACUUGUGACUUAUAAUCACUUAACAGCUAUUGUUCUCUAGUUAAUAAACUUGUUUUAGUGGGUUCAUUAAA